AUACUUGUAAUUUGCAAUAAUUGCAUCGAUUGAAUAGGUGGAGAAAACUAAUCGUACCUAGUAACAGCCUCUUUUGCAUACGCAUUAGGUUACCCGUUAGAGAUUACAAUGAGGAUUAGUAUCUGCAGCAAUUUGUUUGCUUGCUGGUUAUUUCUUUGUUGGUGUCUAUUUUUGGGCAGGAUGGAGCUCUUGUCUUUGAGGGAGCUUAUAGCUUCAAUGGCAUAAUACGUAUCCCUUUGGGCAGCAAGAGUUUGAUCCUCACCUUUUACCCGUACUUUGAUUAAGAAACCUGACAUAUAUACAGUAUACACGCUUUGUUCUAUUUCUUGCUGAAAGAAUGAGUUUUGAAAAAGAAAACAUGAUUCGGUUCUGCUCUUUGUUAUUUCAGUUUACUGUUUCUGAGGAAUUGGGUAAUCUUGUCUGUUUACUACUAAAAUAGGACAGUGAAAGGCAUCAAAUCUGAAUAAACCUACUAAAUCACCAUAUUUUUUAGCUGUGGCUAUUUGUAAGAAAAGAUGAAUGAGUUGGGUUCAUUUCUACCUGGAACAUAACAGGAACUUACAGAGGUCUGUAACUUGUGGCCAUUUGUUUGUGCAUAAGUUCUGUAUUACUAACUGGUUCAUAUAAUAUUCUUAUAACUUUCCAUAGAAUUGUGCACUGUGAAACUUAUUGGUGUAGUAACUGCAUAAGAAUCUAACGUUGUAAAAUUUAGCGGAUUCUGUAAAACUCUAAAAGUGGGGAGGGGGUUUAUGGUUUAGGUUGGGGGAGCUGCCAUGAUUUCUGGAGGAUAUUUCUUGAACAUGAUUUUGCAACUGGUCUAGCAGGUCAUGUUAUAUAGCAGUUUGAACCCUUUUGAAUAUGCAGAACUAACCUCGAGAUGUGCCAGAGAUUUCAGAGCUCUUCUGGACAGUGGAAGUUAUGUUCAACCUCUUGGGUUGACUUCGUUAUAAGUAGUUGAUUAGUGGUUCCAGCUUGUAUUGUUUUUGACUCUUUGUAACACUAUCACUUUAAAAAAAAAAAAAUACAGUUGUGUAUCAGACAAAAACUCACCAACCUCAACAAAUCGGCAGUAUUUCUGGUAUUUUAGUCUUGCACCGUGGCUCCAACUUCUUAUGUGGACAGGCAUUGGGACUUUUAUACUGUUGUAAAUUUUCUUCUACUGUUAAUACAAAAAUUGACCGCCUGUUUUUACAGCAAAAAUCGACUGCUGCCUGGUACUAACGAAAUUGAAAGUGUAAAUCCUCUUGUCAAGCGUAAUCUUGUAGGAGCAUUCUUGUCAUUUACUACUCGAUGAGUUUUUCACUGACAGCCCCCUAGUCUUAUUAAUAACAUGAUGCCAGAACAUGCUUGCAAAACAAGAUCAGGUUCAUGUCGGUGUCAUUCUCGAUAUGGGAUCAAGGGAAGGAAAGAUUAUUCUCAGCUGCAUAUCAAUGGCCCUCUCUGAUUUUUACCAUCUGCAUGAUAACUACAGUACAAGAGUAGUUCUCCACAGUAAGGAUUCCAAAGGUGAACCUCUGCCUGCUCUGUCAGCUGCCCUUGGUCUUUUGGAAAACAUCAAAGUGGAAUCAAUAAUUGGUGCACAGACAAGAGCAGAAGCAAACCUUUUGGCAGAAUUAGGAGAAGCGGCCAAACUGCCUGUAAUGUCUCUUUCUCGUCCUCUGACUGACAAUAAAUAUCCUUUCCUCGUUGAGAUUAUGCGCAGUGAUCAAGCUGCUGAAGUUAGGGGAAUCAGUGCACUUAUUGAAGUAUUCAAAUGGAGGGAUGUUAUAAUUUUAUAUGAUAACAAAGAAUAUGAGAAAGACUUCAUUCCAUCAUUAGUCAACUCUUUCCAAGAGAUCACACAUCGGAGUGUUUCAUACAAGAGUUCCAAUAUUGCUUCCUCCUCAUCAAAUGAAGAAAUCAUUGAAGAGCUCCAAAAGCUGACGAGAUUGAAGAUUAAGGUAUUUGUGGUGCAUGUGUCACAUUUGCUUGCACCACGCCUUUUCUUAAUUGCAAAUAAGUUAGGGAUGAUGAGUGAAGGGUAUGCUUGGAUUGUGACUUCGAGUAGCAUGAAUUUAUUGCAAGCCAUGAAUUUAUCUGUUAUCGAGUCAAUGCAAGGAGUGCUGGGUUUCAAGUCGUCUAUUCCAGCAUCAAUAAACCUUCACAGUCUUACAACAAGAUUGAGGAGGAAGUUUUACAUGGAGGAUCCAAAUAUGGAAGCGAUUCGGGAGUUGAGUGCAGAUGGGAUCUGGGCAUAUGAUGCAACUUGGGCUCUAGCAGAAGCAGUUGAAAGAGCAAGGCUUAAAAAUUCUACAACUAGAUCCUCCAAAGAUGGAGCUGUGCUUCUUAAUGAGAUGUUGCAGACUAGAUUUAAAGGUUUAAGUGGUGAAAUUCAAUAUGUGAAUGGGAAACUGAUUCCAUCAGAACCAUUUGGGAUAGUUAAUGUUAUUGGAAAAGGUGAGAUCAAAAGGAUUGGAUUUUGGCCUUGCAAAGAAGAAGUAAAAUCCAGAAAAGGGUCACCCUAUCAGCAGCUUAUUCAUAGUAGGAGAAAUUUAGCUUCUACAAUUGAUCUUGAAAGAGUCAUCUGGCCUGGAGGAUCCAAAAGGGAAUUGAGUAGUAGUGAAACAAUUAAACUAAGAAUUGGUGUUCCAGUGAGAUUCGGGUUCAAGGAACUUGUUCGUGUUGAGCAUGAUCUUGAAACCAACACAACUCAUGUCACUGGCUUUUCUAUAGAUGUAUUUAAAGCUGCAAUUGGAGCUUUGCCGUAUGAAGUGCAAUACGAGUUUAUUCCAUUUGAGGAUGCCAAUGGAAAUUCUGCAGGGACUUAUAAUGAUCUUGUUUACCAGGUUUAUCUCAAGAAAUUCGAUGCUGUUGUUGGAGAUGUUACUAUCACAGAGAACAGAUCUCAGUAUGUUGAUUUUACAAUCCCAUAUACUGACUUAGGUGUGGGAAUGUUGGUACCAAAUGCCAAGGAAAACAUGUGGAUUUUCUUUAAACCACUUUCAAAAUAUCUUUGGAUAACAACUGCUGCUUUCUUUAUCCUUACUGGCUUUGUUGUCUGGAUAAUUGAGCAUCCUACUAAUGAAAACUUCCGAGGCACAGCAGCAGAACAAAUUGGAACAGUAUUCUGGUUCACCUUCUCUUCUCUUGGGUUCACUUAUACGGAGAAGUUGUCAAAUAAUUUGGCAAAGUUUGUAGUGAUCAUAUGGGUGUUUUUAGUGCUUAUAUUGUCGUCGACUUACACUGCAACUCUAGCAUCAAUGAUGACAGUCAAACAGAUACAGUUAAACUCAAGGGGAAACUAUAUAGGUUACCAAUCGGGUUCCUUAGGAGUUAUAGUGAACUUGAAUUUCAAAGGGAUUAAGCCAUAUCGUUCAAGUGAGGAGUAUUUUGUUGCUUUAUCAAAAGGAAGCAAGCAUAAUGGUGUUUCUGGGGUUAUUGACGAGGUUCCAUACAUCAACAUCUUCCUCGCAAACUAUUCUGCUGACUACUCGAUGAUUAAAACCAAGUCUAUCACCAAUGGUUUUGCCUUUGUUUUCCCUAAAGGUUCGAAACUGGUUCAAGAUGUGUCAAGGAAAAUUGAACGUCUGAGACAGGAAGAAAAGCUUAUAGAGAUGGAGAAGACCUGGUUUCUUCGAAAAACAACUCUCAUGUCUGAUGAGGAUAUUAAUAACAAAGAUCCCAAUACGAUUGACCUCUACGACAUCCGCGGUCUAUUCGUUAUUAGUGGCGCUUCUUUAGCGAUUGCUCUUUUCUUAUUCAUAGUUGUAUCCCAUAGAUUUAGAAAUCUGAUUAGAGGACUAGUGCAGUUGAUUGGAAGACAACUACAGCGUUUAAGGAUGUUUGUCUCCAACAAAGUAUGCAGUAGAACUGAACAAAACUGCUGCAUGUCACUUCCUAUGCAAUUGUACAUAUACACUGUCCGAUAAUCACUAAAACAAAUAUAGUUCGAUACUUCGAUGCAUUUGAUA